CUGGAAUGUUCCAGAACUUUCUAGAAAAAUCGAGAAAAUUCUGGAAUGUUCCAGAACUUUCUAGAACAAUUGGGAAAGUUCUGGAAUGUUCCAGAACUUUCUAGAAAAAUCGAGAAAAUUCUGGAAUGUUCCAGAACUUUCUAGAAAAAUUGGGAAAAGUCUGGAAUGUUCCAGAACUUUCUAGAAAAAUCGAGAAAAUUCUGGAAUGUUCCAGAACUUUCUAGAAAAAUUGGGAAAAUUCUGGAAUGUUCCAGAACUUUCUAGAAAAAUCGAGAAAAUUCUGGAAUGUUCCAGAACUUUCUAGAAAAAUUGGGAAAAGUCUGGAAUGUUCCAGAACUUUCUAGAAAAAUCGAGAAAAUUCUGGAAUGUUCCAGAACUUUCUAGAAAAAUCGAGAAAAUUCUGGAAUGUUCCGAAAAAUUGAGCUUAGAGCUUUAGAAGAGGUAGUUAUUUGGGAGUUGAUGGGGGAUCAAGUCAAGGUACUGUAGUGGUACUAUAGGGGUACUGUAGGUAUACGGUAGGGUUACUGUAGUUUUGGAAAAUUUGACUUUUUGUCCUUUGAAGAGAUAUUGGGUUAGGAGUUGGUGGAGGAUAAUGUCAAGGUACUGUAGUGGUAUUGUAAGGUUACUGUCUUGGCCAAAAAGUAACAGAAAGUUUUCAUACUGUCUGUGAAUUUUUGAAACAUGCAUGUCGUAGAAAAAUACAUACAUGUAACAGUGCCAGUAAACCGCGUUUUAAGUGUUUCAAGUUUUUUUCAUGAUGAGAAAUUUUUUGAGUGAUUGAAGGUAUGUGUGUCAAAUACUUUUAAUGGUGCCAGUCGUUGCCCGCGCCGUAGGCGCAGUCAGCGGCUGGUAUAUAUAUAAUUUUUUUCAGGGAGACUUCCAUCUUCUGCCAGCCAAGGUGCAACGUUUCAUCGCCGAGAAGGCCGAGUUGAUGCGUCCACGUGGAAUCUUCAUCUGCGACGGAUCUCAACAUGAAGCUGAUGAACUUAUCGACAAGCUCAUCGAGCGUGGAAUGCUCUCCAAACUCGAAGCAUAUGAGAAUAACUACAUCUGCAGAACCGAUCCAAAGGAUGUUGCUCGUGUCGAAUCGAAGACCUGGAUGGUCACCAAGAACAAGUAUGACACUGUCACACACACCAAGGAAGGAGUUGAACCAAUCAUGGGACAUUGGCUUGCUCCAGAGGAUCUUGCCACCGAGCUUGAUAGCCGUUUCCCAGGAUGUAUGGCUGGACGUAUUAUGUAUGUCAUUCCAUUCUCUAUGGGACCAGUUGGAGGACCACUUUCCAAGAUCGGAAUUCAAUUGACUGAUUCCAACUACGUCGUGCUUUCAAUGAGAAUCAUGACUCGUGUCAACAAUGAUGUUUGGGAUGCUCUUGGAAAUCAAGAUUUUGUUCGUUGUAUCCACUCUGUUGGACUUCCACGUCCAGUCAAGCAACGUGUUAUCAACCAUUGGCCAUGCAAUCCAGAACGUGUUCUCAUUGCUCAUAGACCACCAGAGCGUGAAAUCUGGUCUUUUGGAUCCGGUUAUGGAGGAAAUUCCCUUCUUGGUAAGAAGUGCUUUGCUCUUCGUAUCGCUUCCAACAUUGCCAAGGAUGAAGGAUGGAUGGCCGAGCACAUGCUUAUUAUGGGAGUAACACGUCCAUGUGGUCGCGAACACUUCAUCGCUGCUGCUUUCCCAUCUGCUUGCGGAAAGACCAACUUGGCUAUGCUUGAGCCAACUCUUCCAGGAUGGAAAGUCCGUUGUGUCGGAGAUGAUAUUGCAUGGAUGAAGUUCGGAGAGGACGGAAGACUCUACGCUAUCAACCCAGAAGCAGGUUUCUUUGGAGUUGCUCCAGGAACCUCAAACAAAACUAACCCAAUGGCUGUUGCUACAUUCCAAAAGAACUCGAUCUUCACCAACGUCGCCGAGACUGCUAACGGAGAGUACUUCUGGGAGGGACUUGAGGAUGAGAUCGCCGACAAGAACGUCGAUAUCACCACAUGGCUUGGAGAGAAGUGGCACAUUGGAGAGCCAGGAGUUGCUGCUCAUCCAAACUCGCGUUUCGCUGCUCCAGCCAAUCAAUGUCCAAUCAUUCAUCCAGACUGGGAAAGCCCACAAGGAGUUCCAAUUGAGGCUAUCAUUUUCGGAGGACGUCGUCCACAGGGAGUACCACUCAUUUAUGAGACUAACUCAUGGGAACACGGAGUCUUCACUGGAUCAUGCCUCAAGUCAGAAGCUACCGCUGCGGCCGAAUUCACUGGAAAGACUGUUAUGCACGAUCCAAUGGCCAUGCGUCCAUUCAUGGGAUACAAUUUUGGAAAGUAUCUCCAACAUUGGUUGGAUCUAAAAACCGACUCCAGAAAGAUGCCAAAGAUCUACCACGUCAAUUGGUUCCGUAAGGAUUCAAAUAACAAGUUCUUGUGGCCAGGAUUCGGAGACAACAUCCGUGUUAUCGACUGGAUCAUCAGAAGACUCGAUGGAGAACAAGAAAUCGGAGUGGAAACCCCAAUCGGAACAGUUCCAGCCAAGGGAUCCAUCAACUUGGAAGGACUCGGAGAGGUCAACUGGGAUGAGCUCAUGUCUGUGCCAGCCGACUACUGGAAACAAGAUGCUCAAGAAAUCCGCAAGUUCCUCGAUGAACAAGUUGGAGAAGAUCUUCCAGAACCAGUUCGUGCCGAGAUGGAUGCUCAAGAGAAGAGAGUCCAGACAUUGUAAUUAUUAUACCCGUUUUUCGCGCAUUAUUUCACGGUUAUCUAACAGUUUUCUGUUUGUUUUAUUUUUUAUUUGAAACGCAUCUAUUGUUCCUAUGUGAGUAGUGCCUUUUCUUCGCUUCACAACAAUGUUUUAUUUUUCUCAAUGUGUAUAGUUACAUGAUUUUGGUAAAGUAAAAAUGAAUUGUUUUAUGGAAA